AUGGCUGAUGGAGAUCAAAAUAAUUCAGCACAAAUCGAUGAAAAAAGUGAUCCUAGCACUCAUAAUGAUGCCAAUGAAGAACUCGAAACAACAGAUAAAUCUGGAUGGCUUCUGAAACGUACCAAAAUUUCUCAUAAAUGGAUAAAACAGUGGUUCCAUUUGAAGAAAUUAGACAUGUUUUAUGGCGAUUCUGAACAGAAUAUGCCCAAAAAGAUUUCCUUGGAUGGAGCACAAAUAUCAGAGACAGACAUUGAUGGCAAACAAUUUUCCUUUAGUAUUAAACAGAAGGACAGUAGUAGGGUGUAUUACAUAUGUGCAGAGACUGAAGAUAUUCAAAAUAGCUGGAUGGAAGCUAUUUGUUUUGCUAAAGCUGCACACCGGACUGGUGAUAAAUCAGAGGCAUGUGUUUUACAAUGAAGCAACUUGUUGCUAUGGAAACCUAAAUAUUACUGUGCAUCUUGCUCCAUCCUGUGUCAUGAUGGUGUAUUGAGAACAAGGAAACAAAUACCACGCAAGAGUCUAAAGGAUAAUUUGACCAAGCUGAAUUCUGUUGCCACAUUUUGUAAAGAUUUUCUUUGAUUUGGAAAGUUGCUAAAAUAUUACUCCUUUGCUUGAAAAUAUUGAAACCAAUGACUAUUUAAAUAAAAAAAAUGAUACAAAUGUUUAAUUCUAUUGAGGUGAAUACUUGUGCAUCUUUCAUACGUGUCACAGGUAUUCACUGAAAAUAG